ACAUUUCUGAUCCUUCUAGGGAAUAAUUACCGCGUCAACCAAAUGUCUCGUUUCCUUCCCCUUUCUUUCUUUCUUUCUUCAACCUCAAAAUUAGGGCUUCCUCAAUUUCUCCCAAUUUUUUCUCCAAUUCCUUUCGACCCCAAAAAAAACAAAAAUUAAAGUGAUUUUACAUUCGAUUCCAAACGUGAAGUCGAAUUCGAGAGAACCCCCAAAAUACCAAGCUUCGAUUUGGGAAAAAAGAUCGAGGAUUUCUUGAAUUUGGGGAAAAAAGCAUGAAGCUUUCUUUGAAUUUGGGGGAAGGUUCAGAGCUUCAGGGAAGGCUGGAAUUCUAGGGUUUUGCUUUUCUUUUCUCAAAGAUCAAAUCUUUACCUCCACAUUAUGGAUACCCAAUUCCCCAAAUCCCUAAUUUCAAUUUCUUCCCUUGUUCUUUUCGCCUUCUUCAUCGUCCUCUGCUCCUUCCCAGCCGUCCGAUCAGAACCAGAGUCCGUAUCCGAACCCACCCUCAUCAGAUUGCCCUCUGAUUCCGAGCCCGCUGACGCCUGCGGCCGGUCGACCCGGUCAGCCUCCUUGUGCCCGGUCAAUUGCUUCCGCCCUGACCCGGUCUGCGGCGUCGAUGGCGUGACCUACUGGUGUGGGUGCCAAGAUGCCCAAUGCGCUGGGGUCAAGGUGGCGAAAAUUGGGUUUUGUGAGGUGGGUAGCGGCGGCUCCGCCCCCCACUCUGCUCAAGCUUUGCUUUUGGUUCAUAUUGUUUGGCUCAUCGUCCUCGGCUUCUCCGUCUUGUUCGGCCUGUUCUGAGAGUUUUCGGCUUCUGGGUCCGAUUCGAUUCAUCCAUCGCUUUGGUUGGUUUUUCGGAAGCUUGCAUUGAUGGAGGUUCUGAAGAUUGCCAACUUUAGCAGAGCAUUUGAGUUAAUACAUUGUGGAAGAUAUGUCAAAUUCAUUACUUGCUGCACAAUUCGGAUUGAUUUGUUUUGUUUUCGCCGUUGGCGGUAUACAAAUUAUUUGGCUCGGCAUUGCGGCUGACUCUGUUCUUUGAUUUGAGGAGACUGCUGUGUUAUUCAUUUGGGUAGAAGAUAGAAUUUGGGUUAUUGGGUUUUGUUACAAGUUGGUAUAGGAGAUUAAUUUUAGGGUUUUAUUUUGUUAGUUGUUGAUUUUCUUUUGAAGUUUUUGUUAAUCCUUGUAUUCAUCAUUAUAUUUGUACUUUCUCUGUAGAACUAUUCUGUAAACUUGAAUCGUAAUUAACAUUCUAAUUUGAGGUAUUAAUUUCCAUA